GCCUCCUUCCGUAACCUCAUUGAGAAGCUCUCUUAAAGAGCCAGCGCACCCCGUUGCAACUCAGCUAGAUGCAUUGUGGGAAGAGAAAGUUACUUUCAGUUUUGCACCAAGGGACGGAGGCGGCAGCGGAAAAGGUGCGUUGGGGGAGAGUGGGGGCACCACCACAAUUCUAAUUAUUAUUGCUAUAACCGACUUUGAUCAAGGCUGGACCAUAACAGGCAGCGAUGCCUUGACGUUGCAGGCUCCAUUUCCCUUCUAAGGGAGACAGUUUUCAGGGCUUUGAGGACCUGCCUAUGCUUUGGGAGGCUCUGUGAGUUCUCCGAGAGAUCCCAUCGCUGAAAUGACCCAAAGCGACACCUUGAGAGACCCGGAGUUGUCCGCCAGCGACCCGGAAGAUGACAGUCCCUCAAUAAUCCUGCAGUUAUACCCAUACACGGAGGGCAAAGAUGAUCUGAACGCAGAUCAGGGCGGUUCUGCCCCAAAUGAUGGAGGGAUCCUGAAGCUUUCCACAGCCCUGACAAACCGGCAACGAGGGAAUGAAAUGUCUGCCUUGCCGGCCACUCUGGACACUCUGUCUGUUCACCAGCUUGCUGCACAGGGUGAGCUUGCCCUGUUGAAAGAGACUCUACGGAAAUGCGAGCACCUGCUGAAUAAGCCCGACGAACGAGGCUUCACCCCACUGAUGUGGGCUGCGGCUUUUGGGGAGAUUGAGACAGUGCGCAGUAUGCUGGAAUGGGGUGCUGAUCCCCACAUCCUCGCAAAGGAGCGGGAGAGUGCCCUGUCGCUUGCCAGCACCGGCGGCUACACAGACAUUGUCAUCUUGUUGCUGGAGAAGGCCGUGGACGUCAACACUUAUGACUGGAAUGGUGGGACUCCGCUCCUUUAUGCUGUGCGGGGCAACCACGUGAAGUGUAUCGAGGCCUUGCUAGCCUGGGGUGCUGAUCUCACAAUCGAAGCGGAUUCUGGGUACACCCCAAUGGACCUUGCGGUCGCUUUGGGUCAUAAGAAAGUCCAACACGUGAUCGAGAAACAUAUUCUCGAGUUAUUGCAGAGCAAGGAACCAGAGUGAAAAGAUUAUUUCAUCAGACUGAGGGGGGGGGGCAAGGAUUAUCUCUUCCGCACCCCGAAUUUUCUCUGCUUUGAAGAUUGGAUCAAGACGUACCCUUUUGAACUGACCGGUUGAGGGGGCAACACGUACAAAUGCAAAGAGGGGGAGCGGCUGGAUAUGUGAGACCCAGCGGGCAUUCAGCAGGGCUUCUUAAACAGAGAUGAUGGGGCAUUUAUGAUGGCAAGACUCCCUGAACAUCCUGCUUCCUGCUAUUGAGGGGAUAACCACUAACCCCCCUGGGAGCCCCGUGAGCUACGUACCGCAACCAAAGGAGACGCUGACAGAGGCAAAAAAAAUCCAGGUGGCCCAUGAAGCGAUCCACGCCCCAAACCAGAAGCAAAACAGCACCAGAUUUUUCUCCCACCGCACUUUGCAAACCCCUCUGAGCUGGGAUGCGUGACGGGAGAGAGAAAUUUGUCGGUUUCCAUUACCGUUUUGAGCAAAAAAGUCUGUAUGCACAGUAAUUUUAUUUUUUAAAACCAACUGCACAUCCGAUAUCCAAAGAAACUGUGGUGUCUCUAGGAAGCAAACCAAAACGGCUUUUUCUUUGCCGGCUUGUUGUAGUCGCUCACCUGGGGCGAACAGGGAAUCCCUCCAAGCGAGCAGGUGUGAAAGCUUUUGUAAAAAAAUGAUGAAAAAUAAGUCGCUUUUUAAACAAUAAAAUAAUAAAGGCAAA